GUAGCCCAGGAAGCCGAAGUACACAGAGCCCCUGUUCACCAGAGAGGGCGGCGGCAACACCCGAGCCUCGUCCGGAAUUAGCCCCAUGGCUCAGCUGUCCAAGGACACCGGGGGACAACAAUCUGCAACGGACAGAGGUGGUGGUGAUGCGGAUGCGUGGAGACGAGUGUGUGCGUGGCACGGUAAAGCAGUGGGUGUGGUCAGCACAUGCCAGGGGACCGUGCCAACCAGCAGAGACACCAGUGAAGUUUGGGCAUUGUCCUGCAGAUAGAGGAGACGCAGCGUCCCUCCCAGCAUCAGCAUCCGUCUCCUCCUCGCCCACUCACUCCAUCCUCUCUGCACACAGCGAGUCUUUAGCAUUGCAGUAAAAUCCGAUCCUUUGGGAGAUUGAAUAUGCAUCAAGGUGGAAUCUGGUCCCGGGCUGAAUCUGCUUUAUUAUUCAUUGUAAUUAUUGUGUGAGAAGACCGGAGAAAGUGACGACCGCAGCAGAGACAGAAUUAUCUCGGCAGAGGAAAGAUCUGUGGUUUGGAUGGACGAGAUUCUAUUUUUGGUCUUAAUCGGAGGAGAUAUUUUCUUAUCUUGUGUAUUACAUUUGAGUUCACAUCCAGCUCUUCUGUUGAUGGUUCCUCCAUAUACGUAGGAUAUCUCAGCGCCCCGGUUAGUAAAACAAGUCAUGGAUAAGAUAUUAGAAGCCGUCAUGCAGUCUUCUUAUCCCAUGUAUGUCAAGCAGAGCUUAGCAAGACGGGUCAUCGAAGCUUCCAAGCAGCCUAUUGACUCUGAGCAAUGCUGGUCCAUGUUAGAACUUUCCACCAAGCUGUUCUUUUUAGGAGAAUCCCGCUUUGCCAGGGAAACAGCCAGAGAAGUCUUGGAAGUCUACGGCGGGUACCACCCAGAAGAAUUCGAGGAAUUUUUCAAUGUCCGCUUCAUACUGAGCCUUCUUCAGGACGGGUACGGUUCUCUCGGAAAGAGACAUGCCUAUACCUUAGAUUACAUACAUCUCGGCCUACAGUUCGUGUUGGACAAACCUUCCGCGGAGGAGAUCUUCAGGCUGCUGAGGAUCGAAGUUCUCCGUAUUGUCUGCGAAAGACCAAAUCUUAAGAUCUGCAUCAGGGUCAGCAAACUCUUGACCUCAUACACCCAAUGUAUUCCCGAUGGGAACCACCAGCUCUUGUUGUGCCAGCAGCUGAUCCGGUGCAUCAGUCAGUUCCACUGUCAUUGUGAAGGAGAAGAAGGGAUCAUACAGUUUCUGGACCAGGUGAACAGAGUCAGCGCCUUACUUCAAAAUAUCUGGAGGAUUCAGACCUCCCUGGUCCUUCCAUCCCUUAAGGAACUAUUUACCAUUAUAUCUUUACCAGAUGAGACGGAGACGCCCUCCAAUGCCCUGGCCAGUGUGGUACAGUACAUCCCCCUGCAGCUCAUGGAAGGCAUAGUAAGAAAUUUGGCCAACGCAGACAGCGUGACCGAUGCCCAGAUGAUGACCUCCAUUAACAGGAUGAUCGACUGGGUGUCAUGGCCUCUCGGCAAGAACAUUGACAAGUGGAUUAUUGCUCUAUUAAAGGGGCUCGCCGCUGUGAAGAAGUUCAGCAUUCUCACUGAAGUUUCCCUAUCAAAAAUACAAAAGGUGUUCUCCAAGCUGCUGUACCCCGUGGUGCGAGAAGCGGCGCUGUCUGUCCUCAGGUAUAUGCUGCUGAGUUUUCAGCACUCACCCGAAGCAUUUCAUUUGAUCGUUCCUCACAUCCCACAGAUGGUUUCCUGUCUUUCCAAUGAGAGCACAAACUCGGCCACCAGCUGCCUGGAGCAGUUUGCGGAGCUCGUCCAUUGCAUGAUCUUCCGCUUCUCGGGGUAUCCUGAUCUGUAUGAGCCGGUCAUGGAAGCUAUAAAGAAGCUACCAGUCCCCAAUGAAGAUCGGAUAAAGCAACUUCUUGGACAGAACGCCUGGACCUCACAGAAGAACGAGUUGGCGCCAUAUUAUCCCAGACUGGUGUCCAAGUCUGACACCGGGAAGAUCGGCCUGAUAAACCUGGGGAACACGUGCUACAUGAACAGCAUCCUGCAGGCCUUGUUCAUGGCCUCUGAUUUCAGGCACUCGGUCCUCUGUCUGCAGGACAGCAGCUCCCAGCCCCUGAUGAUGAAGCUGCAGCAUCUGUUUGCGUUUUUGGAGCACAGUCAGCGCCCGGCUAUCACACCUGAAAGUUUCCUGGCAUCAUCUUGGCCGCCUUGGUUUACACCUGGUGUACAGCAAGACUGCUCAGAAUAUCUAAAAUAUCUGCUGGAUCGGCUUCAUGAAGAGGAAAAAACAGGCAAAAGAAUAUCCCAGACUCUAGCCCAGACCAACUGCAGUUACCAUGUGAAGAAAACUGUGUUUGGGAACAGAACAUUGGUGGAACAGAUGUUUGGCGGUCGAAUCGUCACCAAAAUUCGAUGCCUGAAAUGUCACAGUAUCUCAGCCAGGGAGGAGGCCUUCACCGACCUCUCUUUAGCUUUCCCACCACGAGAUGACAUAACCACCAAGUCUCCGAAGACUUCCAUGCCUUCUAGAAAUACGGGACCCAAAAAUCUUGACGGUCAAGACCAACAGCCAACAAGUUCUCCGCACCAUGGGGUAUGGAAACAGAAAGCUGAUAAAGAACCUUCUGAAGAGAAAGAUGAGAACAAUUGUUCCUUGGCUGGAAGUCGGGAUUUGGCUGCUUCCCUGUCUUGUGAGGCAAUGGGGUUGAAAAAAUCUUCCCUCACCCUAUCAGAUCUGAUCAACCAUUUCUUAUGUCCCGAGAUGCUGACGGAAGAUAAUAAGUAUCGAUGUGAAACCUGUGCCUCCUUACAAGAUGCCGAGAAGGUGGUGGAGCUUUCCACAGGUCCUCAGUAUCUGAUCUUGACUUUGCUAAGGUUCUCUUUCGACUUGAAGGCCAUGAGAAGGAGGAAGAUCUUGGAUAAUGUAUCCAUACCCCUAAUUCUCAAAUUACCUCUCCAAAUAAAUCCUCAUCGGUUGGAGAACGUCUGUAUAGAAAGUAGUAGUAGAUCUAUCUCGGACAGUAUUUACCAAUCCGCAACCUAUGACUUGUGCACCGUCAUUGUUCAUUCCGGACUGUCCUCAGAAAGCGGACAUUAUUAUUGCUAUUCAAGGGACUGCAUGGACAAAGAUGUUCAUAAACCACAAAGUACUGGGAUUAAGAAGUUUGGAAGUGACAAACAUCUAGACAUGGAGAUCCAGUGGUAUCUAUUCAAUGACACCCGAGUCUCCUUCUCAUCCUUCGAGUCUGUUAGCAACGUCACUUCCUUCUUCCCCAAGGAUACGGCCUAUGUAUUGUUCUACAGACAUCGGACACACGGACAGUCGGACUCUGUUAUAGAAUCGGGGGCAUCAAAGUCACAUGGAGAUGUUGCCCUCAGCAAGGAGCUAAUGGAAGCCAUCUCCAAAGACAACAUCAAGUAUUUACAGGAGCAAGAAAAGGAAGCGAGGAACAGGGCGGCAUACAUCUCUCCUCUGCUGAAGUCCCCCCUGUGGUGGCAGGACUUUGACAAGGACAAUGAUGACGACGCUUCUGCCGGUGGUCUGGGAUCAGCAGCAGGGGGCGCCUCUGGCUCCUUUCAUGGUCUUGUCUUUUAGAGGAUCCACCUUACAUGUACCUGAUAACCGGGGUCUUCUGUUUCAUUAAAUUUAAGUGCAAAAGCCGGAUCAGAAUAUCUGUUUUGCAAUAGAAUUGCUAUCCGUCUUUUACAGAAGGGUUAGAUACACCCCUGACUUACUGUUACACCCCUGACUUACUGUUUCUGACUCGUAUGCUGUACUUAUUCAUUCCCCACUGCUGUGCCACAGACUCCUAUCCCCAAGUGCAAGUCUGAUGCUGUGCGUAGCCAAAGAUAUCCCAUAUUACGGUGCCUGUCUACAGUAUGCAAGGUAUUGUUAGAUACAUUUUGCGUGUAUCUAAUCAAAGUUUAGAAACCCUUUUUUUCCCCAAGAAUAAGUUUAAAAAAAAUAAAAAAAACAAAGACCAACUUAUCUGAGCACACGGCAAGUCUAUGAUGUGAACUAUCUGCUGCAAUAAACCAAAAUGACUUGA